AUGAGGAGCCGUCUCGCUCAGUACCAGGUUGAGGUGUACGGACUGCGGAGGGACCAUGUCAUCUGGGCCGCGGCAGUGACCGCGCUCGAGAACGCCAUGGGGUACAGGAGAGAUCAAAUGCUCGCAGCUGUUGCGUACGUGGUGAAGACGGACGGAGGGGCUUAUCAGAGCAUUGAGGUUGCGGCAUCACCCUUUACGCAUCCUCACCUGCCUUGUGAGCGCACCGGUGGACCCCUCCCCGCCGACCCCUGUGGCGCGCAAUCGUGUGCGACGGGAGGUUUCGUGGCACACACGGACCUGGGCGUAAUCCAUCAGCUCCCCCGGCCCCUUCCUCUAUGCUCGCGUGUGUCGCUGGCCCAUGACAGUCCUGGUGGGCCGAAGACCCCUACCAACGGGAACGGUGAAGUCGGCCCGGGUGUAUGUGCGCCGACAGAGGUCCUUCUAGACACGCCUGCUGCAAAAAGGGGGGAGAAGCGACCGCGUGUCGAGGGCGAAAGCUUGGCAGCGGAAGGUACAACAGCCGCUGGUGGUGGGGGUGGAAGUAGUGGGUCCUCACAGUACACCGGGGUGCGGCGAGAAAAGAAGAGGGGGACAUGGAGCGCGAAGAUAUUGGUGAGGGAGCCUGGUCAGGCCAGGCGGACGCAGAUGCGGUUGGGGUCAUACACACAGGAGCCAGAGGCAGCUUACGCUUACGCCGCAGCUGCUCAUGUGUUAAGGCCUGGCGUCGUCAUUCCGCGCACGAUCCAGUUGACACCAACGGAACAGAGCCUUCUGGCAGGAUGCUCCAAAAAGGUCAUCAAGCUCCUUGUCAAGAGUCGGAUGUGGUUCCACUGGAGAGAGUGGGAGCAGGUGGUGAUGGACUGCCAUGGAAACAUGGAUAAUCCUGAGGCCGAGACCCCAACCGGGUCUGCAGCGGGAGGGGGUGGGGACGAGGUGGAGGAGGAGGGGGGGCAGGACGCUGAUGUCGGGAUGGACGAUCCUGUCAAUCAUAAUGCUGCUGUUGGAGUAUAUGCUACAGCAUCCGCUGCGCCGGAGACUUCAGUGGCGGAGGCACCUCAGGCAGAGUUGGAGAUAAGCAUCGGUGCGGGCGAUGAGGACAUCGAGAGUGAGAGCGAGGCACGCCCGGCGCCGUCCUGGUCGAAGAACUUGGCCUCUGUCAUGGCAGAGUCUCAGGCGACUGCCACCACCAGGCCCCGACCUCCGCCCGUGCGCGUGCUGGACAACCCCUUUGUGGCCAUGCCUGUAGCUGGGUCGUUUCGUGACCCGUCAGCGCCCGCGGAGGAGACACAAAUUCUGGUUAGUCCAGCGGAGUUCGAGGCCUUGAAGAAGGCGCAAGAAGCGAGCGCGCGCAACGUGGCCCGUCUUGAAGAUGAGCUGCGGUCUGCUAAGGCUGUGCAGGCGCAUGCACCCCCUCGCAGGCCGGACGAGCAUGUCUCGGGGAGCGGUGAAGCUUCUGGUCGGAAGCGGGGGCGUCGGGAAGUACUCGUCGAAGAGGAGACAUCCGACGAGGAGAGCGAGGAUGAGGCACCCGCGAAGAGGGGGCAUCUGAGGGUGUCCAAGUCACCGGUCCUGCAGCGGGUGCUCAAUUUUGUGCCUGCAAACAAGGCGUGGAAGUUUGGGAACGAUCGGGAGGGGAUGCCGUUCGCCUUUGCCGCAUUCGUGGCAUGCGCGGUAGCGGCAUUCAAGCCAAAGAAGGUGGCCGGGCCACUGACGGUGAAGCUUUACCACCUGGCGUGGCUAGAGCAUGUGGUGAUCGACACGCUGGUGAACUGGGAGGCGAGGAAGGCGCGACUGUCGAACUCCGCUUGUGGAAACGCGCAGGUGGUCGAUGGGCUCGUGAUCCUUGCGCGUGAAGCAGUGUCGAACGCGAUCAGAAUCUUCAAGCCUAAGUACGACGUGACCUCGAGCUCGUGGACCUGGGGGCGCCAUGGCCUUCGGCUGUCCUCAUGCGGGCUAGAGGACUUAAUUCCAGGCCAUGCCGCACCCCGUGAUGGGGCGGAGGUUCAGGCGGAAGAGAUCUUUGGGUCUCUUAGAGGGCCAUAA